AUGCGCACGGUGUUGCAGGUGCAACUCCGGCAGCAGCGGAAGCAGGAGAAGAAGGAGGACCGGGCUGCUGCGAAGGAGGCUGCAGCAGCAGCAUUGCAGCAGCAGCUGCGCCGAAGGCAGCAGGCAAUCUCUGACGGGCAGGAUCAGCUGCAUGAAGAGCAGCAGGAAGUAGAUGAAGCCAAAAGCAGCGACAGCAGCAGCAGCAGCAGCAGCGAAGAUGAGGCUCUUGACUUGUCAAUGUCAACACGGAAGAAACCUCUGCUGGUACUCCUUGCGGCAAACUUGGAGCCAACUGUCACCCCAGGAGGACUGACUGACCAAGUGCAUGCUCUGCGCGCUGCAGCAGCGGCAGCAAAAGUGCCCGUGGGCGUCGUAUCAACACGUAACGUACUGAAGAAAGGAGUUCGCUUGGCCACACGGCAGAGCUGCGUGUGCAUCAUUGACGCCCAAGGCGCGGAGCCCCUGCUACAGCAGCUGCUGCGUCUCAUAGUACAGCAGCGGCAGCAGCAGCAGCAGCAGCAGAUACAGGAAGAAAAGCUGCUCCAGCAAGUAUGCUCGUUGGCCCUGUCCGGAGAAGCCAGCAGCAAUGCGGAAUAG